AUGAUCGCACUUUUCUUAUCACAAACCGUCGUCGCAGUGUCGAAAAGUGUCAACGCUGCGGAGGUGAUGGAGCUCUCGGCUCUCCGGAACCUGGCUUCAGCCUUCUCGUCUAGCUCGUCCGUGUCCUCGACCAGCAGCCACGAGAGUCGCGCUGGCCGUCACCGUGGUGAGCACCGGCACAGAGCUCCACACACAGCCGACGACAACGAGGACGAACGAGACGACGUGUAUCAUCGCCACCGCAAGAAUAGACGGCGAAGCUUUGACCAUCGACACCGACAGCGCCACCACACAGGCUCGAGUCUUACCGACAAGAGCAUGAGCUCUUCACACCACAGCAGGAAGGAGAGCGACGAAGUGUCACUCGCCAGCACGUGCGACGAUCGACCGCGACUUAAUUUGCCACUAGAUAAGGAAUUUCUACCAUUAGAAAGCCCCACACCGCAGGAAAAAGAGCAGGAACAAGUACGCGACCAAGUCAUCUGCAUGAUCUUCGACUUACCCGAGUCUACACAGUUCUACCAAGGUGCGUACAAAGCCUCAAAAGUGAAGGCACUGAAGCGAAUGGACAGUCGCUCUAACGACGUGUCGCUGGAUUUUGUUGUCGGUCCAGACUUUUCGUGUGCUAUCGCGUCUACGCUGGCUAUGCACGGACGCAUGUAUCCGACGAGUUCACAUGUGUGCUUCUACUCGAACGUGUUUGGCCGUGAGAGAAAGAUUUUGAUCCCGUACGAGUCCAUUCGCGAAAUUGAAAAGACGACGACGAUGAUGUUUCAACAUGCGAUUCGCCUCGCGACGCUGGACAAGGACGAGUACACGUUCACGAGCUUCUGGAGCAAUAACCGGGAUACUUGCUAUGAUCUCAUCGUCAAGACACGUGACCGAGUGCUGCGUGAACUGCGUCCUCCUGCAGAGAACUCGUCGGAGUCGACGUACCCAGCUCUGCCAACGUCUCCUGUCUCUAGACCCUCUCAGUCACCCGCUGCAUCUCCUCCGCCGUCACCACCCAGCUCUACAGUCGAAGAAGAGGAGGAAGAAGCUGCUACGUCCGACCACGCAGCGGCUGGCAAUGACGAUGCGAAUGUCGACGAUGACGAGACGGACGCUGAUGACCAGACAGCUCCCGUAACGCCGCGUCGACGUAGUGUGGUUUCGGAUGUGGACACGAUCGCACCGAAGGACAUUUCGAUGACGCAGAUUCUCGAAGAGGUUUUCCCAGUAUCGGUCGACACUUUCAUGAAGCUUUUCUAUCUGGACAAGGCACCGUUUGGACUGGACAAGUUCAACGAACAAACAGGGUCGACUGAAAUGACGAUCAACCCGUGGACGACGCCGUUGGAAGACGAAGAGUCUUUCGGUAUGACGCGUUCGCUGCAGUUCCGAGUGCCGGUUGAUGCUCCGAUCGGUCCCAAAUCUUCCCAAGUUGACGUGCUGCAAUGCCUAAAAGAGAACGAACACGGCGUGAGAGUCGUCGAGAGCUCGACGCGUCUUGUGGAUAUCCCAUACGGCGACUACUUCAGUGUGGAAGAUCGAUGGACUAUCGUGCCACGGUCUUCGGAUCCUAACGCUUGCAAAGUAUUUAUUGAGCUAAAGGUGCGUCUUGAGCAAGAACUUACCGGAAGUGCAGUGUACUGA